CUGCCCAUCCCAAUGGACUAGCUCUGGCAUCCCAUAGGAUAGUGAGUUGGGGGCAAAUUUACCCUGCGGGAGCUAAGACUUGAUCAGCGCCUGAGGGUGAAAAGGAGCAUUUGGCCUAGAGGUGUUGGAGGCAGUGUCACAAGAUACAGAGAGAAUGUCAGCAAACAGGACAGUUUUGGAUCAGCUCCUGUAUACGUACCCCGAGUGUGAUGGCUGGAAGCUCUAUAUGGAGGGGGCUAUUUACCACCUGGGAAAUCUUCUUCUCCUUCUUGGUUUUAUGGGUGGCAGUGGGAUCUUUGGAUGCAUCUACAUCUUUGGAUUUCUAGCCACUGGCUUCCUGUGCGAUGCCCUGUGGGGCUGGCUCUCUGCUUGUGGGGUGGACAUAUUUGUGUGGAAUCUCAUGCUGCUGAUCAUAUGCCUGGCACAGGUUGGCCACCUUUUGUACCGGUUGAGGCAUGAGUCCUAUGGGGAGCACUAUGAUGCCCUCUAUUGCACACUCUACCAGCCCCUACAGGUGCCACUGGAAGUCUUCAAAGAAAUUGCCCACUGCAGUGGGAGGGAGGUCCACUACUUGAGCGCAGACCAAAGCUAUGCCCUGGAGGGGAAGACACCUAUUGAGCGUCUGUCUCUACUACUCUCUGGGAGAGUGAAGGUGAGUCUGGAAGGUCAGUUUCUGCAUUAUAUCUUCCCAUACCAAUUCCUAGACUCCCCUGAGUGGGAGUCCCUGCGGCCCUCUGAGGAAGGAGCAUUCCAGGUCACUCUCACGGCAGAGACAGACUGCACCUUUGUCAGCUGGCCUAGGAAGAGGCUUUACCUCCUUUUGGCCAAGGAGAAGUACAUUUCCCGACUCUUCUCUGUGCUUCUUGGCUUUGAUAUUUCCCAGAAACUCUAUGCCCUCAAUGACAAGCUCUUUGCCAAGUUUGGCCUCCGCUUUGAUAUCCGUCUGCCGAGCCUCUACCAUGUUCUGGGUCCAUCCUCAGACUCAUCUGGGGAAAUUGCGCCUGCCAUGGAGCCUUCUCAUGUUCAUCAAGAUCCAUCUCCCAUACAAAAGAUGGCACCAUCCCUACCUCAGCAAGCACCAAUCAGCAGGGACCACCGACCAGAGAGUGGCAUUCUGGGUGAGGAUUCCACCAGUCUAAUCCUGGAGGAUUUUGCUGAGCUGCCUGGUUCCUAUAUGGAUUAUGUGAGCGAGGGAGAGUAUAUGAAGUGAGAGGGUAUGGCAGCUCCCUGUGACUGUGUCCUGCAGAAGGGCCAUCCUCGUCUUCUUUCAUAUGAGCGAGCUCCUCUUGCCCCAACUAACACUCCGGAACUCUAGGGAACAAGUCAGGGAACCAGGUCCCACUCUGAGCACAAGCCACUAGUGUGUGUAAUUGUGUGUGAAUUCCCACUCAGGAGUCCUCCAGCUUUGUGUAUAGACUGUGGGAGUGACCAGUGAAGCCCAGUGGAACAAGGAGGCUGGUGUUGUCUCAGUACAGAAUUCCAUGGUGUAAAUAUAGAGGAUCUUGGAUACAAGAGUGUGAGCAGCUGGAAUGUUUGUGCCCAACACAUUGCUAAUUGUGCCUCUUCUGCAUACGGAUAAAAUACCCUCAGUCCUUAUUCACUGGAUCCAUGAUGGCACCGAAGCUCUGUGGGGAAACUCUGUUUUAUAUGUGACAGCACCCAUGUACCCAUGUGCCUUCUCCUUGCCCCCCCCCCACACUAUUUCCUCACAUGUAUUGUCCUUGCACUGAAUCUUGGGGUUUUCAGUUUCAUUAAAGUUUUAUUUAUGCACUUUUUAA